AUGCGUAAACCGCGAUGCGGCGUCAAAGAUAUAUCGAGUGACUUGGACAAGUCUCCGAGGAAAUGGGCGAAGAACGUUCUACGAGUCACCGAGGUCGCGUUCGAGAUGUGGGCUGCGAAUUCGUCGCUGACGUUCGAGCACGAUUCGAUGAAUCCCGAUAUCGUGAUAUCAUUUCGGAAGGGUUUUCACACGUUCGUAGAUCCUCGGCAUCGAGGAAGCCAAAUAUGUCCGUCAUUGCUGGACGGACCAGGAAAUGUGCUAGCUCACGCUUUUUUACCAUCUUCCGAAGUAUCGGAGGUGCACGUGGAUAACGCGGAGAAGUGGCAUAUCGAGCUGACCGCUAAUCCUAACGAUACGAUUCAUCUGCUACAUACGUUGACGCACGAGAUCACGCGUUAG